AUGCCUACUGUGGGCUUUAUGUUUUCCUUCUUCGCACCUUUAGAAGAAACUAUUAUCACGAUAGACGACUUGCAGAAUGGAACUUUAAAUAAAGAACCUUGUAUUUUCAAGGUUCAUAUCUCAUACCCAAGCAAAAUAAAAAAAUUUCACAAGCCAAAAAUGUCCAAUGAUCCUGGCAAUGAGGUCAGCUCACUAUACCCUCCUCCACCCCCAUACGUGAAGUUUUUUACACAAUCCAAUCUGGAAAAAUUACCAAAAUACAAAGAAAAGAAGGUUGCGGGCACGAAGCAGGCGGCUCUAAAUAGCAGCGAUGGCAGUGACGAAGAGGAGAUUACUUGUGCCCUGGAUUACCUGAUCCCACCACCCAUGCCUAAAAAUCAGCAAUAUCGAGCGUUUGGAAGUAUAUGGCAGGUGAAGGACCAAUUACCCGAUUUAGAGAGCAUGGGGCUCACCCAGCUUUAUAAGAAAUCCACAGAAAAUGAAAGCACAAAUUACCAAUAUAAAAUCCAAGAGCUACGAAAGCUAUUGAAAUCGCUGCUGCUGAACUACUUAGAGCUCGUCGGAGUAUUGAGCAUAAAUCCGGAUGUGUACGAGCGCAAAGUGGAGGACAUAAGGACCAUUCUCGUCAAUAUUCACCACUUGCUUAAUGAGUACAGACCCCAUCAGUCCCGAGAGUCUCUUAUCAUGCUACUAGAAGAACAACUAGAAUACAAGCGCGGCGAAAUUCGUGAGAUCGAGCAAGUGUGCAAACAGGUACAGGACAAACUCACUAGCAUACAGGACACCUUGAGAACCGGAUCACAGUCUCCUCCAUCGUCGUCCCGAUGA